CAGCCUUCAUCCGUUCGGUUCAACUCUCACCGAGCAACAUCACUAGUGGUCGCAAUACUGUUUCGUUUCCCGGGCCUCAGAAAUCUUCGUUGUUUUUAGUCAUACGCCAGUAAUUUAACCCUCACGGGGAACGUAUCUCAUUAGCCUAGAAGUACCUUUGCCGGGAGCCCUACAGGGAUACUCGAACCGACAUGGAUACUCUCUUAACCGCUGAGAUUGCGGCCAACGCUCCUCGCUACCGCCGCAAAAGCUCAACCUUUAUCGAUGGCAUCCACGACAUUACCGAGGGCCAAGAUUUGGCCCCGGCCCAACUCUACAGUACCAUGUCGGGUCGGCUCUUUCACUCUGGUCGUAUAGCCAUCGUCAUGGUAGGACCACCCGCUCGUGGAAAGACGCACAUCUGCGUCUCCAUGGCGCGGUAUCUUGGAUGGCUUGGUGUCAAAACUCGCAUCUUUCAUCUUGGUGACUAUCGCCGGGCAACUGUUGGCCCUGAAGGAGAGAUCCCUGACGACUAUUUCUUCCCAAAUGCGUCGCCAGCUUCGGUUAUCCUGCGCCAGAAGAUCUUGAAGAAAUGCCGUGAAGAUAUUUACUCCUGGUUGAACCAUGACAAUGGACAAGUGGCCAUUUAUGACGCUGUCAACCCGACUGCCAACGGGCGACGUUCGCUUGCUAAGGAGUUUGCGAAGCAUGAUGUUCAGACCCUGUUCAUCGAGUCGUUCGUUGAUGACGAACGCAUUCUUCGGGAGAAUGCUCGUAACGUCAAAAUCUCGUCCCCAGACUUCGCGGGCAUGGAACCAGAUGAAGCUGCCAAGUUGUACCUUCAGAGGAUCGAGAUGAAGAUUCCCGUCUUUGAGACCAUGGAUGAGAAAGAGCUCAACUAUGUCAAAAUGAUCAACGCCGGAACCAAGUUCUUCUACAACAAUGUCAGCUUCAACUAUCUCUCGCACCGAAUCGUCUUCUACCUCACAAACCUACACAUCAAGUCGCGCAAGACCUUCUUUGCCCGAGCUGGCACCACAGCAGAGGAAGAUUCGUACAAGGCCGACGCCCCCUUGUCACAGGAGGGGAGAGAUUAUGCCGAGAAGAUGUCCGAGGCACUCAUACGGCAUCGUGAACAAGAGCGUCAGACGACCAUCGCCGAGGGAGGUGCAGAUGUGCCGCUGCCGCCCCUGACAGUCUGGACGUCAACGCGAAUGCGUACUGUUCAGACAUCAGAUGCCUUGAAGGAGAAGGGCUAUCGAGUCCGGCAGCGCUCGCAGCUCAGUCAGAUAAACCCUGGCGUCUGCGAGAAGAUGUCGGAGCGAAUGAUCCGCCAAAUCUAUCCCGAUGAAGUUGAGAAGCACGAACUGGACCCAUACCACCACCGCUAUCCCCGUGCAGAGUCGUACCACGACCUCGCUGUCCGGUUGGAACCUAUCAUCCUGGAACUGGAACGAGAGCAGCAUGAUCUCCUCAUCAUCGCACACGAAUCUGUGCUCCGGGUUCUAUACGCCUACCUGAUGCACUGUUCUACUAUGGAUAUCCCCAUGAUCAGGUUUCCCCGCGACGAGGUCAUCGAGAUCAUCCCGGCUGCGUACCAGAAUGAGGCAAAGCGCAUCCUCAUCCCCGGCCUGGACCCUCUCAUCGUGCCCGGCUCGCCACAGGACAUCAAGAUCCCUGUUCCGAGCAGCGGCUACGCGAGCGCGCAGUUGACGCCGAUUCCCAGCGGUAUUGGCACCCCGGUUGAUCACAGCGAGCGGCUGCCUGACAAGGUCAUCAGCACGGUCAAGGACCUGGUCGCGGACAAGGUGAACGAUGAGGACUAGUCUCUUGCAGUUCCCGUGCUUCGGGCGAGGGUGUUGAGGCAUCGAGAGAACCAAAGACUGAUGAAUCCUCGGACCCAACCCCUCUCAACGGAGAAGUACCACGAUGAUCUGCGGCCAAGGACGAGGAGUCAUUUUAGGAGUGAGCGGCAGGUUGAAUACUAUCAAAGAAAGAAAUGAUGCAUCACUGAUCACAUGAUUCGACGAGGUCGCAUCCCAGACGCUGGUCGGUUACAUCCAAAAGCAUGCAUUUUGAUAUGACAAGUCGAGCCAUGAACCUCGCCAGGUAGCCCUUCACCCUUGCUCCUUGCUUCCCCAAGCCCUCGGUUCCAGGGAGCCCAAUGAUUUCAAAGCCAGGUCAUGCUACGCUACGGAUACGGGGUCUCUCGUUUCACUCGGGUUGCAGAAACAACGUGGAAAAGCAACAUGGUGGGAGGCUGUCAAAGGUUGGGCACGAGUGAGUAAGUGAAUGCGUUGAGUGAGUUGGUGUUGGUGGAGGGUAGGUAGCAAUGAUUUGUCUGUGAGCAGGGGCAUAACCGAGAUAGCUCAGCACAUCAUCAUUCCUUGGCUACCUACCUUACCUACAGUAUGUACUUAUGAAUCCCAUCCCAUAGUUGGUUAUCUACGAAUUUUGUCUUCCAUCACGACGAGUGAGUGAUGAAUCAAUGCCUUCCCCCCCCCUUCUCGGCGGCAAAGUGCAGAAAGCCACAAGCACAAGAACAAAAAGAGUCAAACAUGUCGCAAACCCAAAAGCAAGCGCCUGGCCCGUCUCUUUUUGUGUCUCAAAUCAACGAGUCCCAAUAAAUCCCAUUGGUUGAAUUUCCUCUCUUGCUGCCAACAAAAAAGAAACAAGAGACAAAAGUUUCAAGGCAAAGGGGACGCAUCAACGGGCGGCGUGGCACGACGUUACAAGCUGACACCAACAAGUGGCUGGCGCAAAAGUCAAGAUACAACUCGAGUACACUCGUCCAGAACUCGGCCGGCCACAGGCACAGAGGUAUCAACCAGGUCGCGCGAGCACAGCGGCCUCCCGGUGCCUUGUGCCUGGGGUGGGCGGCCGGGGGAUGGACGUGUUAUUUGCCGGGAGAUGCAGGUCGCUGGAUUGGGGAAGCUUGUGUGCACAGGGGGGUCAUGUCAAGGAUGGGUGAGUGGGCGUUUAAUUGUGCUUUGCUGUUCUGUCCUGUCCUGUGCUGUAGGAAGAAGGAGUAGGACUGACGGCGGACGAUACAGGACGUGUCUUGUUGGCUGAGGCAUUACUGUCUCCCAGUCAGUCAGUCAGUCUGUGUGUCUGUCAGUCAGAGUUCCAACAAUGGAGCUGUAGCAAGUCAGAAUGAUCGACAUCUGCUCGUGGUUAACGAGAGGUCAUCAAGACGGCAGACUUGCCAUAUCUGGAAGUAGAGCUCAACUGUAAUCGACGCAGCAAGCACUAUUCCAGGCUCAACCCUCCCCCCGUCAAGGUCUUGUCUUUCGUCACAUCAUGAACAACAGCCUAGAGGAACGGCCCUCUCCCCAGCCGGGGAGCAUGGCAAAACCUCCGGGACCACCAGUGUCAUAUAUGACAGGCACCGGACCAUGUCCACUGAUUACCUGCAUAUUUCGGCCAUCCGCCACCUAGUCCAGGUUGCAAAGAUCUUCCCCUCCAAUGGCCGAAGUAACGCCCGUAGGUAGGUAGACCUCAGUUCAGUGCUGCUUGCUCGCUCGCUUCCUAGGCUUCCUCCUCACUAUGCUCUGUGCGCCGCAUGGAUCCCUCUCGUGUCCGUGACCGGGUCAUCACGGAUCAAGCUCCACGGCGACAACCUCCGACAUGGACGGCCGUGUUUUCGAGGUCAGGUC